AAACCAUAGACAAUCAACAAAUAAAAUGAAAAUGUCCGUCGGUCGGGCGAUUGAGAAACGUUUUUAUUUUGUUGUAUUGGAUUAACUAUAUUCUUGCAAUGUGAAAUGAUCUAAAUAAGAUACGAAUUUGAUUAGUUUACAUUAAUUAACCAUGAUUGUUCAAGAACCAAUACAGGUUAUCAUUUGGGAUUGCCUGAAUAAUUACGAGUACGAAAAUGCCAUAUUCUUGGCUGAGCGACUCCAUGCUGAAGUAUCAUCGGAGGAGACAGCAUUCUUGCUGGGGACAUGCUACUACCGGGCCAGGAGGGUGAACGAGGCCCACCACCUCCUUCAGAAUCUGUCUCUGUCCCUCCCACAAGCCAGAUUCCUGUUGGCACGGUGCUCAUUUGACUUGAAAUGCUACAAAGAUGCUGAGAAUGCAUUAGGAACCAAUUUAGAUAUAGUGGCAUCUGAGUUUGGUGAACAAGGGCCCUAUGCCUUGCAGCUUCUUGCCAAGAUCUACAAUGCCACAGAGAGGCGAAGCAGAGCGGCUGAUGCCCAUCGGAAGGCUCUAUCACUAAACCCAUUUAUGUGGAAAUCAUUCUCACAACUCUGCAACAUGGGGGAAAAAGUUGACCCACAGCAAGCUUUCCAGAUGAAUAAUCCAGAAUUUUCAUUUGGAGUGACAACAUUAGUGAAUCUAGUCAGCAACUCGGAAAAUAUAUCCUUUGUCAAUAGUAACAUUCCAAACAACACAAAUAAUUUGAAUGCUAAUGUGACACCAAACAAUGUAGCACCGCGGACACCCAUGACAAUGUCAACCAGCAUCACACCGGAGACUCAAGCUCCUGUCAAGCACAUGCACAGUGUCUUCAGUGGAAUAGCUCCUAUACCUUUCUCACCAUCCUUUGGCAUGUUGCCAAUGGAAGAAUCUCCAGUGCUGUACACACCCACAUUGACUGACUCCAAUGAACAGAAGGCUAUUCCUAAGAUGGUGAACUCGCUGCGCGUGCAGAUGGGGUUGAUCAAGGAUGCUGUGUUCAGCCCCGCGCCUCGCUGCACGCUCGGCCCUGCCCCGCGCCGCUCCUCCCGCCUCUUCAGCAACAACAGUAGCUAUUCAGUCAAAGAAAACAACAAGUCGCCAAGUAGAAAAUUUGUAGCACCUAAGAGCCCGUCACGGAAAAACAAACAGCGCACCGCCAAAAACAACGUUAAAAGUAAUUCAGAUGUAAGUGAACGAAAUAAGAGCAUAGAUUCAUUGACGCCGACGAUGACGCCCAAAAACUCGAACGGCGUAGCAUUAUUAAAUUUGAUGAAAGAACUAGGCGAGGCUUACAAGUCUCUAGCCUUUCUAGACUGUAAAAACGCUAUCAAACUAUUCCAAGACAUCCCGGGGAAGCAGCUGGCGUCCCCGUGGGUGCAGACGAUGGUGGCGCGCGCGCACUACGAGCUGGCGCAGUACGACGCGGCCGCCAAGAUCUUCGCGGACAUCCGCAAGCAGCACCCCAACCGGACCGAGGGCAUGGACAUCUACAGCACCUGCCUGUGGCACCUGCAGCGCGAGGCGCAGCUGUCGGCUCUAGCACAGGAGUUGGUGGAGCUGGACCGCACCGACCCCAUCGCCUGGCUCGCGUCCGGCAACUGCUUCUCUCUACACAAGGAGCGCGAAACAGCUCUUAAAUUCUUCAAGCGAGCGGUGCAACUCGACCCCGAAGGUGCCUACGCUCACGCGCUAUUAGGCCACGAAUACGCCGGUGCCGAGGAAACUGACAAGGCGUUGGAGAGCUUUAGGAAAUCAGUGAGUAUUGAUCCGCGGAACUACGUGGCGUGGUUCGGUAUAGCGACGGUGUACGCGCGGCAGGAGCGCUGGAAGGCGUCGGAGGUGCACAUCCGGCGCGCGCUCUCCAUCCACCCGCAGUCGGGCGUGCUGCGCUGCCAGCUGGGGCUGGCGCAGGCGGCGCUGGGCAAGCUGGACCGCGCGCUGGCGACACUCGAGCGGGCCGUGGCAGCUGAUGCUGACAACCCGCUGUGCCGCUUCCACCGCGCCUCCGUGCUACUCCGCGCCGGCCGCCCCGCCGACGCACUCACCGACCUUCACCACCUCAAGGACAUCGCGCCGCGCGAGUCUCUUGUUUACUACUUACUAGGCAAGGUGCACAACAAGCUCGGCAACUCGCAUCUAGCGCUCAUGCACUUCAGCUGGGCCACAGAUCUGGACCCGAAGGGCACUGGAGGACAUAUCAAGGAAGGGUUUGAUCCCUCCAAGCAGGAAGACCCUCCGGAGAGGUCUGUGUAGGCUUGAUGAUGCAGACUGGACACGGCCGCGGCCGGCGCGGCUGUUUGACUGAUUCCUGUAAAUAUCUCGCAUCCGCCGACCUCUCGACACCAAAUCUUCCAAUCGAUAGCUUUACGGAGGUCGAGGGGUGGCCGGCUUUUAGGUGGAAUAGAUGUAAGGGCGUUUGUGAAUUUGUUCAUAGCUAGAGUAAGAUGUGGAUAUUCCUAACAUUAUCCUAGAUGUAAUAAUGAAACUUGUAUAGACGAUAAUAUCCUAGAAUGCUGGAUGAAAAUUAAAUGUAAAGAGCAGAGUGUAGAGAUCUUCAGAAAUCACAGGGCCAUGAUCUCAGUAGUAGACAGUUUUUAUAAUUCAAUUAUUUUGCAAAUUCUAGUAUUGUAUGUCAUAAUAAACCGGUGUGAAUAUUAUUUUUUACUUUCAAUGUUAAACAAUUUGAAUCAAGGCUAAAAGUACCUUAUAUAUUUUGUACAAAAGGUAUUAUUGUGAUGGUCCCGCGUAUAGGAGACCUGAGACUGGUGGUAGGUUUACAUCUAAAGCCGCUGGCGGUAUUUAGCUAAGAUCUUAUUAAUUUUUAUAACCGUUUAUUUUAUUCUGUUACUAUACUAGCUUUUUAUAAGUGCAUGACGUAAAAUCUAGUGUCGAUACCUUUUGGCGAAUAAACGUAGGCCCUUAUCACCUGCAGAUGGAUAAAGAAAUGUAAUUUACAGUUGGACUUUAAAUAAUAUGGAACAGUAUGAGAUUGUGUUUAGAAUGUUUGUAAUUACUUUCGUCUCUGUGUAUAGUACUAAACCAAAACAAUUAUAGCACUGUGUUUAUUAAAUCACCAAUGAAUUCCGCUAUGGACAGACUUAUAUAGACCACUUCUUAUAUGUGUAUGAACCUUGAAUAGAACUGAUACAAUA